GAACAGUGCAUUUGGGGAGUUGCCUUUGCUUUAGGGCGUUGUCUUAAUGUUGUUCAUAAAUCUGCUGGAGAAAGAGGAGAGAAAGCAGUCUCUGCUUAUUCUGAAGACUGAGAGGCAAUGGAUCACAAGCAUCAUUGUGUGCCACUGAAUGAUGGUCACUUCAUUCCUAUCCUGGGAUUUGGCACCUAUGGAACUGCAGAGGUUCCUAAGAGUGAAGCAGAGAAGGCCACCAAGAUAGCUAUUGAUGCCGGGUAUCGCCAUAUUGAUGCUGCCUACCUGUAUGAAAAUGAAGAGGAGGUUGGACGGGCCAUCCGGAGCAAGAUUGCAGAUGGCACUGUGAAGAGAGAAGACAUAUUCUACACUUCAAAGCUCUGGAUCACUUUCCUUCGACCAGAGUUGGUCCGUCCAGCCUUGGAAAAAUCACUGAAAAAACUCCAGCUGGACUAUGUCGACCUCUACAUUAUGCAUUUCCCAUCAGCUCUGAAGCCCGGGGAGGAUCUUUUUCCUAAAGAUGAAAAUGGAAAGACCAUAUUCAACACAGUGGAUCUCCGUGCCACGUGGGAGGCCCUGGAGAAGUGUAAGGACGCAGGAUUGACCAAGUCCAUCGGCGUGUCCAACUUUAACCACAAGCAGCUGGAGAGGAUCCUGAACAAGCCAGGGCUCAAGUACAAGCCCGUCUGCAACCAGGUAGAAAGCCACCCUUAUCUCAGCCAGAAAAAACUGUUGGACUUCUGCAAGUCAAAACAUAUUGUUCUCGUUGCGUAUAGUCCUCUGGGAUCCCACCGAGACCUAAGAUGGGUGGACCAGAACUCACCUAGGCUUUUGGAUGACCCAGUUCUCUGUGACAUCGCCAAAAAGCACAAGCGCACCCCAGCCCUGAUUGCCCUUCGCUACCAGAUCCAGCGUGGGGUCGUGGUCCUGGCCAAGAGCUUCAAUGAGAAGCGGAUCAGAGAGAACAUGCAGGUUUUUGAUUUCCAGCUGACACCAGAGGACAUGAAGGUCUUAGAUGGAGUAAACCGAAAUCUUCGCUAUGUUAAUUAUGAUUUUGCCAUUGGCCACCCUGAGUACCCAUUCACUGAAGAAUAUUAGCAGGGAGCCCUCCGCCAUGCCUUCUACCAGGAGCUCCUGUGUGUGCAGAGCGAUGCGAGAAAUGUCUCAGAUGCUGGUGAUUAGCGGCAUCACCUCUGAUUAAAUCUAUGCUGCCAAGCAACUCACACUCACCUAGAGUCAACUCUAUAGGAAAGCAUUAAAUACAUAUGGCUUUGAAAAAAUAAUACAUAAAAAUUUAAUUUUGUCCAAAUA